AUGAUCAAGGAGCGAAGAUACUAUCUGUUAUUAGCCCUUGGUGCGGUGUUUGUUCUGGCGCUGGCAGCGGCUUGCGGUUCACAGCCCGUAGCCGAGCCUCAGGUCGUCGAGAAGAUUGUCGAAGUCGAGAAGAUCGUCGAGGUCGAAAAGACCGUAGAGGUUGAGGUCGAGAAGAUCGUCGAGAGAGAGAUCAUCAAGGAGAUAGUAAAGGAAGUCCAGGUGCCGGCUAUCCAAUCCGAGAUAGCCGAGGGGGCGGCCUUUUACCGAGUACUUCCGGAACCCGACAAACGCAAAGUCCGGCGGGAUCUUCAAGUGGGGCGGGAGAGCGAAGCCGUCGAUUUCGAUCCGCGCGACGGCGGACUCACGAUCGCGCCCGACCUAGCGACCGCGUGGGAAAUCUCGGGCGACGGAAAAGAGUUCACAUUCCAUCUGAGACCAGGAAUAGAGUGGCACGACGGCCCGCAGUUCGAGUGCGGCGGAGGUCCGUUCACCGCCAACGACGUGGUAGCCACUUACGAGCGCAUAAUUGACCCGCCAGAAGGCAUGAUCAGCCUACGGAAAGAGUUGAUGGUUGACGGGGCGGAUCUCCGCCAGAUAGUCGCCGUUGACGACCAUACCGUGAAGUUCAUUCUCGGAAGCCCGCGCACCACUCUUGUUCCGGCUCUCGCGAGCGGGUGGAACAUGGUCGUGUCCGAGAAGUACUUGGACUGCGUCACAACAGCAUGCGCGACUCGGCGUUCAUUCCAGGCACUGGUCCAUUCAUACUGA